ACCGCCAAUACGAGGCUGUUGCUUCGGGAAGAACUUGCAAGAUGGCGGCUUUUUUUUAAAUUUCGAAUGUGGACACAAAAUAUCCGCUAUAAAGGACACCAAAUGCUGGAGUAACUCAGCGGGACAGACACACAGGCGGGCAACAUCUCUGGAGAGAAGGAACUGGGCGACGUUUCAGGUCGAGACCCUUCUUCAGACUGAAGAGUUUAGGAGCCGUAGCUGUGGACGGAGAGACGGGGACGUGAGCCACCUUUGAGGGCGACCAGGGUGCCGGUGAGCCACCCCCUCCGGGCUGAGCUUCGAGGGGCUGAGUUUUGGUGGAGGACCACAUGACGGAGCACAACAAGGAGAAAUGUUAUGAGUGCGAUGUGUGUGGCAAGGCCUUGCAGCACCCGAGCCUGCUGGAGAUCCACUGGCGGGUGCACACGGGAGAACGCCCCUUCGACUGCUCGGAGUGCGGCAAGAGCUUCACCCGCUAUGACAGCCUUCUGCGGCACAACCGCGUGCAUUCCAGCAAGAGGCCCUUUGGCUGCUCCGACUGCGGCAAGAGCUUCAAGACGACGAAUGAACUGAAGGUCCACCGGCGAGUGCACACAGGCAAGGAGCCCUAUGGCUGCUCCACCUGUGGCAAGAGCUUCAAGACGAAGAAUGAGCUGAAAAUCCACCAGCGGGUUCACACAGGCGAGAAGCCCUAUGGCUGCUCCACCUGUGGCAAGAGCUUUGCCCGGUCGUCGGGGCUAUGGCAGCACCGGCGGGUGCACAGCAGUGAGCGGCCCUUCACCUGCUCUGACUGUGGCAAAGGCUUCAAGUCGUCCACGGACCUGAAAUUGCACAGGCGCCUGCACACCGGGGAGCGCCCCUACACCUGCAGCGACUGUGGCAAGGGCUUCACCUGCUCCAAAAUGCUGCUGGAGCACCAAUGCACGCACACUGGCGAGUGCCCCUUCACCUGCGGCCAGUGCGGCAAGGGCUUCAUCUACUCCUCCAAGCUGUUGUACCACCAGCGGGUGCACUCCGGCAAGAGGCCCUUUGGCUGUUCUGACUGCGCCAAGGACUUUAAGACGGCGCAGGAGUUGAAGAACCAUGGGCGGAUGCAUUCGGGCGAGAAGCCCUAUGGCUGUUCCACCUGCGGCAAGAGCUUUGCCCGGUUGACUGGGCUACAACAGCACCGGCGGAUGCACAGCGGUGAGCGGCCCUUCACCUGCUCCGUCUGUGACAAAUGCUUCUCCCGCUCCGACAGGCUGCUGGACCACCAGCGCACCCACACCGGCGAGCGCCCCUUCACCUGCGCCCAGUGCGGCAAGGGCUUCACCAACUCCAGCAGCCUGCUGUCCCACCAGCGGGUGCACGCCGGCGACCGUCCCUUCCCCAGCCCGGUGUGUGGAGAGCUCUUUGCCAUGGCCUCCCACACCCUGUCUCACCAGCACGUGCACACCAGUGACCAGCCCUACGACCGCGUUGAGGCAUUUGACAGGUCACGGGGGUUGCUGGGACACCGGCGGGCCUACGACGGCGAGCGGCUGUUCCCACUGGGGCAAGCGUUUCAAGCGCGUACGGGGGCUGCGGGAGCACCAGCGGAUACACAGACCAUGAUGGAGAAGGGUUUAGGAGCCGUUGCUGUGGACGGAGAGACUGGGCCAUGAGCGGCGAUGGUGCCGGUGAGCCUCCCCCCCCCAUAUGUUUGAUGCACGGGCUGAGCAUCGAUGGAGGACUAUAUGACGGGGCACAACUAGAUAAAGCGUUAUGAGUGCGAUGUGUGCGGCAAGGCUUGGCAUCAACUGAACCAGCUGGAGAUCCACCGACGGGUGCACACGGGAGAGAGGCCCCAUGGCUGCUCCACCUGCAGCAAGAGUUUUGCCCUGUUGUGGGAACUCCAGAUGCACCAACGUGUGCACAGCAGUGAGCAGCCUUUCACCUGCUCCGACUGCGGCAAAGGCUUCAAGUCGUCCACGGACCUGUUGGUGCAUGGGCGCCAAGGAGUUUGCCAGACGCUGGAAUUUUCACCACAUCACCAGCAGCCCUGAGUAUCCACAGUCUAACGGGCAGGCUGAACGGGCUGUCCGGAGUGCAAAACAACUCAUGGAGCGCUCUCACAGGGCCAAAUCUGACGUAAUCCUGGAUUUGCUCAACUUUUGCAACAUUUCCUGUGACCCUGCCUUGGGUUCACCUGCUCAACGAUUAUUGUCAAUGCAGACCCGUACCCCGUUGCAGAACAAAUGUUAAUCCCACUUGUCUUUCCUCCUGAAGAGAUUAAAUCCAGACUGCAACAGAAGCGUAACGCUCAAAAGAAGUGGUUCGACAAGACGAGCAGGCCUCUGCCGCCAUUGACCAAAGGACAGGUUGUCCGCUUACAGACUGACAGAGGCCACGACCGUACUGGGGUGAUUUCUGGUCUAGCUUCGGAGCCACGCUCGUACAUUGUUAGAGCCGAUGGCGGCACCUACCGACGAAACAGACAACAUCUUCUACCUGUGAAGGAGCCAAUCCCUCCUCCUUAUUAUCCGGAUCGAACAAGUUUAUUUCAAUCUGCAUCUGGUGACCCUCGCAUGCUUUUGCCAGCACAACAAUCCAUGCCUAUGACAGUUCCUCUGUCAGUCCCAUCUUCACCUGCGUCACAGUCUCCUGCUUCGACUCCAGAGGCGUUGGUCCACUCCCCCACGGCGGUGAAAUCACCAGCUUUGUCCCCGGAGAAGAUGGAGAUGGCCUCUAUCGUACACAUGCCAUCGUGUUAGCAAGCCGGGCGUGAAGUAUCCGGACUAUGUUUGACUUUACAUACGUCUGUCAUCGGUUGUGAUAUUUGCUUUGCUUAGUUAUUGGUAUAGUGCUAUUGAUUCUUUAAGAGGGGGGGUGUAGAUUAGUGGCUCAUGCUAUGAGUCAUGCAUUUGUAGCUACGCCCACUAGCUUGUUGUUUACUGCACUCCAUUAGUCUAAAAGUGAACUCUCAAGUGUGAACUUGUAGUCGCCUAUUCCUAAUCAACUGUGUAUGGUGUAAGGUCAUUAUUAUUACAAGGACUCUAAAUCAACACCUAAGAAUUAAAUAAAUGUCACACUGAUUUUAAGGGGUAUAUCUUACCCCCCCCCCCCCCCCCCCCCCCCCCUCUCAACUUCCCGUUCCCCUCUCUGAAUCUCUCCCCUCUCUGUCCCCCCUCUUUCUCCCCUCUCACUCUCUUCCCCUCUCUGCCUCUCCCCUCUACCUCUCUCUCUCCCCUCCUUCUCUCCCCUCCCUCUCCCUCUCUCUCCCUCUUUCUCUCUAAAACAAUUAUAUUUCGCUGGUCACACAGCAGUUAGGAUGGAGCGUCAUUGAGGAAACUGUUCAUACAUGAGACAUAGAAGUUCUCCACGUUUCUAGACUCGCAAGUCUCUGAACAUCCAUCGUAUCUCAAGGAAAUCUAAGAAAUCUACAUCCUUCAAGAAUCGAAAAGAUUUAGGUCAUAGCAUCUUACAACGAAAGCAGGCCCUUCAGCCCAACUUGCCCACACUGGCCAACAUGCCCCAUCUACACUAGUCACACCUGCCGCGUUUGGCCCAUAUCCCUCCAAACCUGUCCUAUCCAGACAGCGAGAGAGAUUCUUGUGAACAAUUUUUUUGAUAAAAUAAAAUGAUAAA